AUGGGCGCGCUUGCCUCGGGCGGACCCCGGGCCCGGGCCGGGCUGCGGCCGCCGCUGCUGCUGCUGCUGCUGCUCGGGCUGCUGGCGCCGGGCGCGCAGGGCGCGCGGGGCCGCGGCGGCCCGGAGAAGAGCGGCCCGCGCCGCGCCGCCAGCACCUUCUCGCAGAGCGUCGGCAGCCUGCUGGGCGAGGACAACGUGCGCGCCGCGCAGAAGUUCCUGACCAGGCUGACCGAGAGGUUUGUGCUGGGAGUGGACAUGUUCGUGGAGACCGUGUGGAAAGUCUGGACAGACAUCUUGGAUGUCCUUGGACUCGAUGUGUCCAACCUCUCCCAGUACUUCAGCCCGUCCUCGGUGGCCAGCAGCCCGGCCCGCGCCCUCCUGCUGGUAGGCGUUGUCCUCCUGGCCUACUGGUUCCUGUCCCUGGUGCUGGGCUUCACCUUCAGCGUCCUGCACCGGAUGUUCGGCCGCUCCUUCUGGGUGGCCCGCGUCCUCCUGUUCUCCAUGUCGUGCGUGUACAUCCUGCACAAGUACGAGGGCGAGCCGGAGGGCGCGGUGCUGCCCCUGUGCCUGGUGGUGGCCGUCUACUUCAUGACCGGGCCCAUGGGCCUGUACUGGCACAGCGGGCCCAGCGGGCCGAGCGUGGAGGAGAAGCUGGAGCACCUGGAGAGCCAGGUCAGACUGCUCAACAUCCGCCUCAACCGCGUGCUGGAGAGCCUCGACCACGCCAACAGCAAGUGACAAUCAGCCAGCCGGCCGGCGCCCCCCGCCCCCGCGCCCCCGCUCAGGAAGCAGAAGAAGAGGAGGAAGAAGAGAACCCCGACCCCCAAACAAUCGUAAUAAACAUUCCUGAGCAGGAGACGGGCACUCUGGGGGGUCUUUCCGGCCAGCGAUGUGCUGGGGGGAUGCGUCCCGGGAGCAGAGGUGGUGGUGUGGCGCGGCGCGGCUCGCGGGAGUGGGGGGAGGCGUGUUUUUUCAACCAAGGCGAUGACCCUGAGGGCGGUGCAGGGAGAGAGGUCUGCCUGUGUAGAGCGGAAAGGAAUUUUUUCAAGUAUUUCGAUACAUCUUUUGUAAGGUUUUUUAAUAAAGGCAGAUGGAGUCAAGUGUAUUCCAGCUCCGGGGAGGGGGCCGCGGGGGGCUGGCGGUGGGAGCCCUGUUCUCGCCCGUGGGGUCUGUGGCGGCUGGAGUCCGUGUGCGUUUUCCGUGUUCCCAGCCUCGCUUGACACGCGCUCGGCCGGUGUUGACCAGUGUCCCUUCUGACGUGGCGCUUGGCUCCCGGGCGGGACCUCGGCGCAGGAGGCCAGCCAGGCCGCGCCCCCGACCAUAUGGUGAAGUGGAGAAAUCACUGGUUAGAAACCCCUCGUUUUGUUCUCCCCUCUGUACUUGGGUGUAUUUUUCACCUCAGCCUUUUGUAAAAGAAAACUCAAGGACCAGGCGAGGAAAUGCCGGGGGGCGUGCUGGUGCUCACUCCGGAGUUUGUGUCCUGACUUUGCCAUUCACCUGCGAGGCCCACUUAGGGGAGACGCACCCUUCACAGUGUUUUGUGUUGUUUUGUUAUGUUCUGGGCCACCUCAGGCCCCUGGAAGGGAGACACAUGUGCGCAGCUAAUCGCAUUUCCCAGGCGCUGCUGCUUGUAAACCACCCUCAGGGACCAUGGGCAGCAAUAAACUAGCCUUGGGGGAGAGCUGAGUUGUUUUUCCUGAAAUUCCUGUAACUCCCUGUAAGGUGCUCUUCGCCCGAGUCUGUGGUCCCAUUUAGGUGGUGUCUGGGGGUAGGAGAGUCUGUGCAGGGUAGACAGCGGUGGGUCCUGGACGGGGGCCUUGCAAGGCUGGGAUUGAGGGUGGUGGGGAGACCCCUUCAGGACCCAGAGGGCAGGGGGAAAGCAGCUUUGAAGACUGCUGGGGUCACCAGUGAACACACCCAGCAGCCCCUUCACGGAUCCCUGCCUGCAGACUUGCAGGGAUGCAGCCAACCUGGUCCUGCGACCCCUGGGGAGGCCCGCGGCCGGGCGACUGCUCUCGUGCCGUGUCCCUAUGUGGCUUUCGGGGACGGCGCCUGGGCGAAGGGGCAGAGGCAUCGGAGCACGCUUGUCACAACUUCUACUUUUAAGGUGCACAUAAGGGGACCCCGGCUCUCCUACAUCGGGUUCGUGUCCAGCUCUAUGGCUUUGCUGGGGGCAAGUCUUGAUCCUAUGGUUUCUGGAUUGAAAUUAUUUUGAUUUGGUCACAGAUCCUUAGAGACAUCAGGCAUAACGACCCAGGGACGUCAGCUCUGCCCCUCCCUCCCUGCCUUUGCGUCGGUGUGCAGGGCCUGCCCUGGUCUGGGUAGAAUAGCCACCCUCUCCCCCCACCCUCCCACGUGCACCCCCAAGGCCGUCCUGAGGUCUAGACCUGAAACCCAUUUUGAGUCCUAGUAAGUCCGGGAGGCCCGAGGUGCCGGGGGCUGGAGGGCACCGCUGGGACCGUCCCACGUUGGCACUGGGCCUCCCAGGUUGGCUAAGUGUAGUCCCGGGCGCCACCUGCGCGAUCUGAUACGCUCCGGGGGCCGAAGUCUCUACUGAGAACCUGUGCUGUGUUUGGAAGUCGCUUCAUGGGAGAACAUUCUUUGAAAUUCCAGUAGAAAUUCUAGAUGUUAGGUCUGAAUAACUCUGGCUUUUUAAGGCCUAGAUUUGGCUUUUAUUUGGGCAUAUUCUUAACCCCAAAUAGUUUGGGUGUUUGCUUUUUUCCUCCAUUCUGUGGAAGCUUGUAGAGUAUCUCGCCUCCCCGGCUACCCCCUCCCCCAUCUCUUUUGUACGUGGAAAAAUGUAUUUUUGUACCAUAUCUCAUACGUCCGGGAGAGACCUUUUUAAUACCUUCAGAGCUGUAGACCCAUCAGCGCAGCGCUUACUAGACGUGACCGCGAAACCCUCCUGACAAAAGCCGGGCCCCUGUUCCAGUGAAGGCUCUGUUUUUAAAACUGCUUUGAAGUCAAUCAGUGUUGCUUCCCCACCGCUUCAGGAUCACAAUAAACAGCGUGAACGGAGGGCAGAGGAAGGGCUUCCUUCCUGGGCUCUCUACUGAGCAAGCUUCCCCGGGACCCCAAAUGUAGUUCCCUGCCGGUCAGCCUCACCCGCCCAAGGCGUUUUGGUUUCAAGUUCCCUCCCUCUCACCCUGCAGCAGCCUCGGAAUUUCUGGGAAGCUGGCCUUGGGCUUUGUGCUGGGGUCUCGGUUUCUAGAAGUGACUGAGGGAUGGCAUGGGGGGCAUCCUCCCCCCCCCCACGCCCCCUCCCCAGCAGGGAGCCUGUCACAUGCAGGGUGGGUGGGGACGCCGAGAGGGGGACAGCGGCCAGACCUUGAGGAGGAAGGUGGUGGGAAGUCGCUGGUGGGGGACCCCAUCCUAAGUGGGACAUGCAGGGUGGGUUGGCCACUUGCGGGUUCUGCCAAGACUUGGGGGCCCCCAAGGACUGCUUGGCUGGAGGACAUAAGCCAUGAGGCUGUUAGCCUGGCCUGGGGUUUGUCCGCAGCUGGCUGGGAGGCAUCAUGUCAAAGAGCUGGCGCAGGGGCUUCCCUGGUGGCGCAGGGGUUAGUCUCAGCUCUGUCAAGCAAUCUCCAGCCACUGUGGCCUGAGUUCGAUCCCCGGCCAGGGAGCUGACCCACAGGGCACGGCAGACCUCUCCUGUCUCCCCACUGCUCCCCUCAGCAGUGGAUUUUAGUGGAUCCGCCUGUUCUGCUCCCCUCUCUGUCCCUGGUGAAUGCUCUCAGCCCCAGAGAGCUGGUCUGUACCCCAGUUCUUAUAUGCAUAAAUAAAAUAAAUCUUAAAAAAAAAAAGUUGCUGUGGAAUCUAAAACCUGCUACUACAUGUUGUCAUUCAUGGGGACCCCAACCAGCGCCAUCUCCCCACCGCUUCCUGAGAUGCUUUUGAUGAAUGAAUGCCCUCUGCCUCAUGCAGGGGGUGGGGUUCAUGCCUGACAACUUCCCGGGGUGGGAUUAGAACUGACUUAACUACAAAGCCAGUUCUCACCACCCAGCAACCCGGUCUCGGCUGAGGCCCUGCGCCGCCUCUGGAUAGGAGAGCGAUGCUGUGUCUCUGCAGAGUGUUCCCUCACGGUCAAGUAGUCACCUUAGCGCCCAGGCCACGUGGGCAUGAUGCGCUGGGGUCAGCGCACUGAGCUCUGCGUGUCGCUCGCCUGUGGUUUCCUGGUGUGUAGCUCUCCCAGGCAGCUGUCCCCGUGUGUGGCCUUCAAAGCUGACUGUCCUCAGCGUCUGUCUCCGGGAAGCCGUGGCGCUGCUGUCCAUCCAUGCUAAUGUCUUUUUGCAGAUUUAAAGGCUUUGUUGUGUGUUGAUCUAAUAUCCGCAUGUGUGUUAACCCCCUGAAAACCGUGUCAUUCAGCUGAUUUCUUGUGAUGGUGAUGGUGAUUAGCGCUCACUUAAAACCCAGCCAAGCAAUGUUUUCCCUCUUCUUAACUGGAAACCACGUCUGUACGGAACGGCACGUGUCACUGUGUACUCCUGGUUUGGUUCCUGUUUUGUAUAUCUGCUUAUGAAUUUGAUAUAGCUUUUCAUUUGAGGAUAUACACCCACUUGAUUUGACAGUGUGGUGUGUAUGUGCUGUGUACACACUUGUUUGGUCCUGAGCCUGGGGAAACUGAUUCUACAAAUGUGAUAUAUAGACAUAAAUAAAUGUAUAAGGCUUAUUUUUUUGCAAAGUGAUAUAUACAUUCCUCUUAUUUAUUAAAUCACUGGCUUUGGUCUUAUGUAGAGAUAUUUGUAGAUGGAUUUCAGAACAGAAUUAAAAUAUUGUGAAAAU